AUGAAGGUCUGCGCCUCAUCCUCGCCCACGGGGGACACCUUCGCCAACAAGCUCCAGAUCAAGUACAAGAGGAGUCAACUCGGCGCCAGUGAGUGCUCGGGCGGCUUCGUGUGUCUCAUCAACUGCGUCGGGGGCCUCCGCUGCCGUGUCGGGGGUCGCGGGGUGUUGCUGGGAGUAGCUUUUAACUCUCAUGAACACUCCAGAGACUCCGAUGGCUCGUGGCACCGCACCUGCCGUGACGAGGCGGAGUGCCCGGCAAAGACACCCUCGGACCCUCCUCUCUACUUCCCCGUCUCUUUCCCUCUCAUACACCCGCCCACUACCACCACCACCACAGCAAUCAUAGCAACGGGCGCAUCAGGAACAACAGGAGGCGGCCCUUCUUCUACGACUCCAACGCCCAUUGAUUCUUCAGUCUCACCUAUUACAGCAACGAUACCCACCGCCGCCACCACGGCUGAUCCAAGUUGUUCCCGGCCGUUCUGUGAACUUUGCGGCACGGCGCCCAUCUCGGUCGCCUCCAACAAGGUCGUGAACGGGGAGGAUGCGGAGGCUGCAGAAUACCCGUACCAGGUGAGCAUCGACAAGUACUGCGGGGGCUCACUCAUCAAGGAACGCUGGGUGCUGACGGCGGCCCACUGCGUCACGGGGGGCCUCGUCCCGUCCAAGAUCUACCUCGGCAUGCUCAACAUAGUCACUGAGGACGCCACGGUAAUACUCUCGCCCAAGAACAUCAUUGCCCACGAGGACUUCAACCCAAGGACCUAUCUUCCUUCUCUUCCUCCUCCGGCUUCUCUACUCCCGUCACCUUCUCCACCACUACCUCCCUUCACCUCCUCCUCCUCCUCCUCUUCCCCCCGCCAGGAAAACGACGUGGCGGUCAUCGAGCUGGAGGAGGCCGUCACCUUCACGGACAAGGUCAGCCCAGUGUGCAUCGCCCAGGACGAGGACAUUCCCUUCGGCGGCAAGGCGGUGGCCACGGGCUGGGGCGACCUCAUGUUCGGUGAGUGCCGGGGCGGGGCGACGAGUGGCGGCUGUCGCGGCGCUGAAACGUUGUCAUCACCCUUUGUUAUUCUGAGCCUUAUUUGUGCCGGAAACUACCCCGCCAUCCUGCAGGAGGUGAGCCUGGACGUGAUCAGCGACUCGGAGUGUGCUCCCUUCGGCGACCCAGCCUUGUUCAUCUGUGCCCUCACGCCCACCAAAGAUACAUGCCAGGGUGACAGCGGCGGCCCUCUCGUGGCGAAGGUGUGCGGCGAUAGGUGGGCGGUGGUGGGCAUCGUGAGCUACGGGGUAGGCUGCGCCACGCCGGGCUUCCCAGGAGUGUACACGCGUGUCCCCGCCUACGCCCAAUGGAUCGCUGACAAGACGGGCUCGGACACCUGCACCUAAGCCCUCAACACACAAGCCCGGACUUUUAAACGUAUCGGAGCCCCGGUUCGCCUGUUUGAAAGACCUCUCGUAGAAAUAGCAAGGAUUUUCAUGGACUGUUUUGUGAUCCUAUUGAUAGUGUUACACGACUUCUGCAUUAUGGAAAAAAUCACCCAUCAAAGCCCAGUUAGUCUUCUCUGUGGCCUUGAGAAAUACCCAUAAUGGAAGUCCUACACACCUGUUUGAAAAGGCUACCGUAGAAGUUGGUAUCAUUUUCACGGACUGUUUUGUGAUCCUGGCGAUAGUUUUACACGACUUCUCCAUCAUGAACGAGAAAAUCACCGCCCAUGAAAACCUGGUUAGUCUUCUCUGCGGCCUUGGAAAAUAGUCGUAAUGGAAGCCUGAUACGUUUAAGAAUAGGGACCAUAUAUAGGCUCACAUUCCCAGACCUAUUGAGCUUACACACACGUUUGGUACUAAGGCUUUCCUAGAGGUUGUGUUGAUUUCCAUGGGUAGUUUUAUGAGCCUAGUGAUUAGUUUGACAAGGCUCCUGCACCUCUCCACCCGAAAUUGACCUCUCUUUUGGCUACUCUUUACAUUUUAUUUUUUCUGGGAGCGGCGAGUAGCGGGCUUUUUUUUUGUACUCUUUUUGUUGCCCUUUGAUGUAAAAAAAAGACUACGAAAACCCCCCACUUAUGUAACCCAACUAACCUCCAUUGCGGGCUUUGGAAUUACUUUUUGUG